UCUGGACCUCCUGCUGCACAAACUCCUAUGUCUAUGUCACCGCCUGUGACUGAUCAGUGGCAACGAGGUGGGUUACCCCCUCCUCUACUCUAUCCAUUUUAUAAUUACAGGCACAGUGGCCCCGGCCGUGGAGGCGGAUGCUCUGUUGGUGGUCAGCGUGGUCGUGGUGGAUGGCGUGGAGCACCCAGAGGAAGGGGUGGAGCCAGCAGGGCACUGGGAGAUGUGUGCUGCAACUGUGGUCAGUCUGGAUAUUGGGCACGCAUCUGCCCCACCUGGGGGUUACAGCAGGGCCCUCCUAAUGCAGCCAGAUGCAGAGGAAUAUGCUGACAUCUACUGGGGACUGCUGACCGCACCUUCUUCUCCAAGCAGCAUUUUCUUUGUAUAUCAGCUGUGGAAACCCUGGAUUCAAAGUCUCUGCCCCUACACCUCUCCGCCUGACCCGCCCCAUGUCAUUCUAUUCUACGACCGUUGUCUCGCUGAAUGUUACCAGGAUUUGUUUAAUGAAACAGUAGAAGGUAGGACAUGGUUUAUUUCAUCCAAAAAUAUUUAUGUGGCUCCUGAGGGUGUGGCUGCAACAGUUGAUUUAACACCUGAACAAGCAGAAUGGUUUUUUAAUGUCAAAUGAAGCUGUUCCUCAUGUUUCUCUUUCUUUGCAUCCUGAGCAUCAAGGUAAGGAAUUGGGAGGACUGGUAAAGCGCUCUCUGGCGGCUGGGGACUGGCAGGACACCUCAGUCACCAACUUAAGGUAUUCUAAGAACACAGACACAUACUGUAUAAAAUGUACAGCUACUGACGAAGUCCUGUUGCAGCAUGAGAUGCUCACACGUCAUCAUGGAAGAGAAAAAACAGAUCAUCCCAAAGCUGCAGCUGUUUUGCAGCGCCUCCCCUGUCAGUUAUGGGCUGAAGGGCCCACAGAUGUAGGAUUUACCCCCUGGCCCCAGUUUCUAUUCAGGUUGCAUCUCCCUCGCCUAUUUGGGUUCCACAGUAUCCACACAAACAACAGGCUCAGGAAUGCAUCAGAGACACCAUUGAAGGCCUGAAGGCAGCAGGCGUGUUAGAACCCUCAGCCUCAUCAUGGAAUACACCCAUCCUUCCUGUAAAGAAAAAAGGUACUGGAAAAUACCGCAUGGCACAUGAUUUACGAGUAAUAAAUUCAGUUUUGGUGACUCCUACUCUUCCUGUCCCAAAUCCCUAUGUUGUUCUCUCCAACCUUGAACCUUCACAGCAGUGGUACACAUGUAUUGAUCUAGCUAAUGCCUUUUUCUGUUUGCCAUGAGCAGAAGAGUGCAGAGAAAUUUUUUCUUUCACCUAUUGUGGGGAGCAGCUGCGCUACACCCAUCUGCCCCAAGGGUUCGCCCUUUCACCAGGUAUAUUUAACCAGGUUUUUGAAAGAUGUGUUACAGACUCGCCCCCUACCACAGAACAUGACUCUCAUUCAGUACGUGGAGGACGUACUACUGGCAGCAUCCACAGCGGAGCUCUGUUUGCAGUCUACGGAACUCGUGCUGAGACAUCUGCAUAAACAUGGAUUCAAGCUCUGAGACAACACAGGCUCAGCAAAAUCCUGGAGGCACCAACAUAACCUACACUCACGAGGGAAUCAACAUGGCGGAUGGAAUAACACAGGGGGAACCACAUCAAUGUGAAGAGCUGGUUUGCAGGAUAGAAAAGGUAAGACCAUACUUAGAAGCCAGUAUCCUUGAGGGACCACAGGUGAGACAGCUGUUCACAGAUGGUAGUUUUUUCAGGCAUGACACAGGACUAUGCUGUAGUGGAGCAGACAGAAUCAGGAUUGAUAACAGUGGAAGCAAGAAGGUUGGUAAGACAUGUUGGAGGUAGACAAAUGCUGGAGAAUCUGAAGGAGUGGUGGCAUCCUUUUAUGACAGACAUGGUGAAACACUUUGUUAAAUGCUAUACAAUGUGUGGGCAAUUCAACCCAAAGAAAACUUUGACACCGUUGCAGGGAAAAUUUCCUUUAAUCACAAGACCAGGAAAGGAAAUAAUUAUUGAUUACACAGACAUGGUGCAGUCAGUAAGAGGUUUCAGAUAUCUGCUUGUGUGUGUGGAUGCUUUCACAGGAUGGCCAGAAGCAUGGCCAGCGAAAAAGGAAGAUAGCAAAACUGUGGUUAAAUGUCUCAUUAACCAUUACAUUCCCAGACACGGGUUUCCUGAAAAGAUAAGGACUGACAAUGGAACCCAUUUUAAGAACCAGGAGCUGCAACAGGUGGAGUCCAGUUUGGGGCUGAAACACAGGUUUGGCUCGGUGUAUCACCCUCAGUCCCAAGGAAAAGUUGAAAAAAUGAAUCAAAACCUGAAAAACAAAUUGGCUAAAAACUGUGCACAGACUAAAUUAUCAUGGGUUGCAUUACCUCUUGCUUUGAUGUCAAUUAGGUGUUCGGUGAACUCAACCACAGGAUACACUCCAUACGAGCUGGAAACCGGAAGGAGCUUUCCGGCACCACGAGGAGCAGUUCUGACAUCUACAGGUGAUAUACAGAAUCUGUCACACAAAGACUAUUUUUCUCAGCUACAGACUGUGGUGGAAACCUACAACCAGGUUCUGGGAUCUGAGAGAUCUACAGGAGAGCCAACAACACCCCAGGUCGAGUGGGUGUGGUUGAAGGUCAUCAAGCAGAAGUGGUUGGAGCCAAGGUUCACAGGACCAUACCAGGUGACCGAGAGGACAUCCCACGCAGUGAGGCUGAAGGGCAAAGGAGACACGUGGUUUCAUUGGAGACAGUGCGCCGAGGCACCGGAACCAGGGAGACCCCUAGAGGAGAUUGGAGGAAACACAGCUUCAUCACAAGGGGCAGAAUAAUCCCCUGAGCUGUCAGACAACUAGGCAGUCUACCUUAGUUGUUGAAGAAAGAAGACCAACAGCGCACAAGAUGUCACCUGUAUAAGGGACCAACAAACAGUGAG